AUGAUUAUCGUGAUUAUGGGCCCAUGUGGAUGUGGAAAAUCCACCAUAGCACAAGCGCUUGCAUACAGACUUGGAUGGUUGUAUCUGGAUGCGGAUGAUUAUCACCCACAGUCGAACAUAGAAAAGAUGUCGCAAGGAAUACCACUUGAUGACUCGGAUCGCAAACCGUGGCUUGAAAAACUACAUGAAGAAGUGCUAAAUAAUGAAAGUUUGAUUCUGGCUUGUUCAGCUCUAAAACGCUCGUAUCGUCAAAUACUUAGCCAAGGAGUAGAUCAGUCGGACAAUGCAAAACUGCUCUACUUUGUCCUGCUCCGAGCUGAUGAAGAUCUAUUGAGAAAGCGCCUUGAGCAACGCAAGGGCCACUACAUGCCCGCGUCUCUGAUUGCCAGUCAACUAAAGACACUCGAACCGUUUGAUACGACUGAGUGGCACCUGACGGUAGACGCUUCAAAACCGUGUGAUCACAUUGUAAAUGAAAUUGUGGGUUCUUUAAGUGGAAAAUGA